AUGGACCAUUCUCGCGAUCCGUGCCCAUGGGUAGCCCUUAAUGACUUCGGUGGAGCGUUCUGCAUGGGCGCCGUGGGUGGAGCCAUCUGGCACGGUGUCAAGGGAUUCCGCAACUCACCGUACGGCGAGCGGCGCAUCGGCGCAGUCACAGCCAUCAAGGCACGCGCACCUGUCCUUGGCGGCAACUUCGGCGUAUGGGGCGGCUUGUUCUCCACAUUUGACUGUGCCGUGAAAGGCAUCAGGAAGAAGGAAGACCCGUGGAACGGGAUUCUCGGAGGCUUCUGCACGGGUGCCGCCCUCGCUGUUCGAGGUGGUGCGAAGGCUAUGAGGAACAACGCUAUAGCGUGCGGUGUGCUCAUUGGGGUUAUUGAGGGCGUUGGAAUCAUGUUCGGGCGGAUGAUGGCGGAGAACACAAGGCUAGAGGCUCCUCCGCCUCCACCU